AUGCAUCCUCUUCGGCUGGUCACUUAUAUCCCACCUAAGAUGCACAAAAAGUUGUAUUGUGGUCGAAACAUCCCGUGUGCUCAUCUCCCACAUUGUUCAGAUGCUACAAUGACGGAACCAAUUUCAGUAAUUUCACAGAUAGUAGACGACGCAUGUACUGAAAACGACGAGGACGGCUAUGAGGAGAUGGAGGAAGAAGAUGAGGAAAUACCGCUCUUGGAUGACACUCAAUCUGUGCUUACUUAUGAGGAAGUGGAAUCUGCAGGUACUAGAAAAUCAUUACCUUUGACAACUCCACAUUGCAUUGUCUGCUGUCGAACACCUACUCCAAAAGUACGGUUAUUCAAAUGGCCUGAAGAUCGGAAUCUGCGAAAGUCAUGGCUUGCUUUCUUUCAUUUGGGCCUGGAUCAUUUGGAUGGUUGCAAAGCUUCUUACAUAUGUAACAUUCAUUUCGAUGCCAAUCAAUUUCUUUACGAGGGUGAUCGCGUGUACUGGCGAAGAGAUUCUUUCCCAAGGUUUCGACAACGGCGUAGUAUACUUGCUGAACCGUUUCCUUGGGAAGUAACAUUCAAUGCUGAUAAGAGGCAAGCAUCCCAUGAAGCUCAACCACGUCGGCUCAGACGAGAAGUGCAACAUGAGUACAAAGUGGCGUUUCGAGAAUCUUUCUUCAAAAGCAAGUCAAAGUCUUCUCACCCAGUCGCUGUUGUUUCUCUACCCGGAAAUCCGAACGUCUUUUACGAAUUUUCCUACACAAGGACAUCAUCAGUGGACUCGAGUAAAUUCUAUUCUUGCCUCAGUUGCAGGAAAGCGAAGAUUGACACAAGGGUGAAAGAUGUGAUUCGUACCAUUCACAUCAAAGAUGGCAUCAUUCGAAGUCGCGGUGAUCCUUUCUGGGGGCACCACUUUGCUUGUCGUCCUUUCACCUCUGCGGAUGUUCAUGACGACAAUCGUGUAGAUGGUUUGCAUCUGAAUUACUUUGGUUCCCAUGAUAUAAAACAUGUUGAAGAGCCUCCAUCCCACGAACAACGGUGCCGAGCAAAGAAACGAAGUUCGAUGCAACAUAUGCAAUUCACAACUGACGACCCUUCACUGACACAGUUGCACGGCCAAAACUUUUAUAAAAACGAUGUGUGGGGUGAACAUGGUCCUUUUCAACUGGACAGCACAGAGGGAAAAGCGGAUAUAUGGCAAGUAGGGAAAGAGCGUUAUGCGUUACGGCUGAUGCGUUUUGAUCACCUGGGCCAUAAUUCAAGUGAACAAGUCAAUGUUUCAAAUGGUUCAUUUGGCGCAGCUCCAUCAAAGCUGAUAUGGUUUACUCGACAGCGGAGAUCUCGACUGCUACCGCAAUGCCAUCUUUGCCGAAAAGUGGUGGCUUCGACCAAGCUUCUCAUACAACAUCUUCAACGACACCUGAAAUUGUCUCCAAACUGCAGACUAUGUGGAUCCAAAAUGUCGCCAGAUAGCACUGCCCGGGUUCUUCGUGCAAGAAAGUGCUGCAAAUGUACCAGAAGCACCAAGAAAUAA